GCGGCAGCCGCAGUUCUCGAGCGGCCGCAGCAGCAGCAGAAACAAGUACCAGACACAGAGCGGCUCCUCCGGCCCGAGCAGCCACAGUCCCCCAGCCGCGAUGGCGCUGCAAAGCCUGGCGAGCGAGGAAGCCAAGGGGCCCUGGCAGGAGGCAGACCGGGAACAGCAGGAGCCGGUGGGUAGCCCCGAGCCGGAGCCGGAGCCGGAGCCGGAGCCAGAGCCCGAGCCGGAGCCGGAGCCCGAGCCCGAGCCCGAGCCCGAGCCCGAGCCCCAGCCCCAGCCCGUGCCAGUGCCCCCGCCCGAGCCCCAGCCAGAGCCCCAGCCCCUACCGGACCCUGCACCCCUGCCGGAGCUGGAGUUUGAGCCUGAGUCGGCGCACGAACACGAGCCCAUGCCCGUGGUGGAGACCCGUGGUACCGCGCGCGGCUUCCAGCCUCCCGAAGGUGGCUUCGGCUGGGUGGUGGUGUUCGCUGCCACCUGGUGCAACGGCUCCAUCUUCGGCAUCCAUAACUCCGUCGGGAUCCUUUACUCCAUGCUGCUAGAGGAAGAAAAAGAGAAGAAUCGCCAAGUGGAGUUCCAAGCAGCAUGGGUAGGAGCCCUUGCGAUGGGCAUGAUUUUCUUCUGUUCUCCCAUUGUGAGUAUAUUCACUGACCGUUUGGGCUGCCGAAUCACAGCAACUGCGGGGGCUGCCGUUGCUUUCAUUGGCCUUCAUACCAGCUCCUUCACCAGCUCCCUAAGCCUGCGCUACUUCACCUACGGGAUUCUCUUUGGUUGUGGCUGUUCCUUCGCCUUUCAGCCAUCCCUCGUCAUCCUGGGCCACUACUUCCAACGCCGCCUAGGUCUGGCCAAUGGUGUGGUGUCCGCUGGGAGUAGCGUCUUCUCCAUGUCCUUCCCCUUCCUCAUCAAAAUACUGGGGGAUAAGAUCAAGCUGGCCCAAACCUUCCAGGUGCUGAGUACCUUCAUGUUUGUUCUCAUGCUGCUCUCACUUACCUACCGGCCCCUCCUGCCCAGCUCCCAGGACACCCCAAGCAAGAGAGGUGUCCACACCCUGCAACAGCGCUUCAUGGCUCAGCUCAGGAAGUACUUCAAUAUGCGAGUGUUCCGCCAACGCACCUACCGCAUCUGGGCCUUUGGGAUUGCUGCUGCUGCCCUUGGCUACUUCGUUCCCUAUGUACACCUGAUGAAGUAUGUGGAAGAGGAGUUCGUGGAAAUCAAGGAGACCUGGGUGCUCUUGGUGUGUAUUGGGGCUACCUCAGGCCUUGGGCGUCUUGUGUCAGGCCACAUCAGUGACUCCAUUCCUGGACUUAAAAAGAUCUACUUGCAGGUCCUCUCCUUCCUGCUUCUGGGCCUGAUGUCCAUGAUGAUUCCCCUGUGCCAGGACUUCGGGGGCCUCAUUGUUGUAUGCCUUUUCCUGGGCCUGUGUGACGGCUUCUUCAUCACCAUCAUGGCACCCAUCGCAUUUGAACUGGUGGGCCCAAUGCAGGCCUCACAGGCCAUUGGCUACCUCCUGGGCAUGAUGGCCCUGCCAAUGAUUGCUGGACCCCCCAUUGCAGGCCUCCUCCGCAACUGUUUUGGGGACUACCAUGUGGCCUUCUACUUUGCCGGUGUGCCGCCCAUCAUCGGGGCUAUAAUCCUCUUCUUUGUCCCUCUGAUGCAUCAAAGGAUGUUCAAGAAAGAGCAGAGGGAUUCCAGCAAGGAUAAGAUGCUGGCCCCAGACCUGGACCCCAAUGGGGAACUGCUGCCAGGCUCCCCUACUCCUGAGGAACCAAUCUAAUGCCUCUUUCUUGCCAUUGUGUGCUCCUCCCCAGCCCUGCCCCUUUACCCCACCCUGCUCAGCAUUUACAUUUUUGCCACCAGCACACUUGUUCCCAAACCUGUGCACACAGCAUUUCAGCCACCUGACCAUCCCCUUGGAGCCAAAUCUCCAGGUGUUCCAAAUUCAUUAACCAAAUUCUCCCUGUGAAUGCCUUUAAACUUGCCAGGGCCCUUCUCCUCCCAGGAUCUGGGAAAGUUUGGGAUCACUCCCUGGUCUUUGGAAUCUCUCCAUAAACUUUCUAACCCCUGGGGAAGGAGAGGGAUGGAACCUCUUGGCCCCAGCUUGUUAGUCACCCACUAAGAUCAACUGCCAAAGGUGCUACUGUGUCCCCAGGAGCCUAGUGAGGUAGACCCAAACUUCUGUUUGCUAAGGAGUUCAUUGCCAUCCAUCCUUGGGAGCCAUUGGGAGGGCAAAAUGAGACAAGUAGCCUUGUUUAGCCUAAGAGUUUCUGAGGGCCUCCCAAGAAGGCAAUAUCCCCAUCAUAUGGUUCGUUAACAAUCUAUUACCCUCUUCCCUCCCUUCUUAAUUUACUCUACUGCCUCUUCUCCAUUCUCUUCCCUCUCUAUUUCUUUUUAUGACUGUCAUAGACACAUGGGUGCUUGAAGAAAGGAAAGACCCAGAGCCUGGGCCAAUCAGCCUCACUUUGGCCCAGUUCACCCCUAACACUAGCUUCAAUCCCACUCAUCUCAGGCUGAGCCACAUCUCACUUUUUGGCUCAAGCUGAUAUAGUCAUAGACUGGAAGAGUAGAAUGCCAUAAAUGGAAGGGACCUUAAACACCAUAGAGUUCCAUGUUCCACUUGCUGAUUUUUACAGAUUUCCCAGGCUAAUGCAUUAACAUGGAGACCCUCCCAGCUCCCCAUCCUUGUAUUCACCUGUGAAAAUGUGAAGAAACUCCUUUCAUCUCAGAAGGCAGAGGAGGACUAUGACAGAGCUGGCAUGGUGGGGGGAGGGGCAGUGGUUACUGACGUGGUGAAGGACCAACUCCUCCAUCUCUCAGUUUUCAUGACAGGUCAAUAUUUCCAUCUGGGCCAAGCCAGGAAAAGGACUGUUUUAGGAAAAGCCCCGUUCUCUACCUGGAUCCUAAAAAGUACAGGUAGCAGCUGCACAUGGGGUUGGACAAUUUCUUUUAGGAAGAGGAAGCCAUCCUACCCUUACCACCCAAUGUGUCUCCCA